AUGCCAUCACCACGAACCGCCCGUGUCGAGGCACCUGCUGCUGCACCGAGCAACCACCCGGACAUGUACGACAUGUCCGGGCUGGAAGACUUCUCGUAUGACGAAGUAAUGCGAGUGACGCAAUCCGAAGAGGAAUGCGUUAAGUGGUGCAUAAAGGUCGGGUUGCUGCGGUCGCCGAUGAUGUGCCCAAAGUGCGCCAAACCCAUGAAGCUACGGCAACAGCGAUGGCGCUGCCAACGGAGCGCCUGCGGCUCUGCCCAGCUCAGCGUCAAGGCA